AUGACUCGUCAACCUAUCAAAGAUUAUUUAUCAGAAAAUCCAAAGAAAAUCUUGAUCUUAGACGGCGGCCAAGGUACAGAACUUGAAAAUCGUGGUAUUAAUGUUGCCAAUCCAGUUUGGUCCACUAUUCCAUUCGUUAAUGAUUCCUUUUGGUCUGGUCAAUCUUCUAAAGAUCGUGAAAUUGUUAAACAAAUGUUUAAUGAUUUCCUUGAAGCAGGUGCUGAAAUCUUAAUGACUACCACAUAUCAAACUAGUUUCAAAUCUGUUUCUGAAAAUACAAAUAUUAAAACUCUGAAAGAAUAUGAUGAAUUAUUGACUAGAAUUGUUAACUUCUCAAGAGAUUGCAUAGGUGAAAAUAAAUAUCUAAUUGGUUGUAUUGGUCCUUGGGGUGCACAUAUUUGUUCAGAAUUUACAGGGAAUUACGGUGAACAUCCAGAGUUAAUCGAUUAUUAUGAAUAUUUUAAACCACAAUUGGUCAAUUUUGUUCAAAAUGAUGAUUUGGAUAUCAUUGGAUUUGAAACUAUCCCUAAUGUAUAUGAAUUGAAAACUAUACUAUCUUGGGGUACAGAUAUUUUACCCAAACCAUUCUAUAUUGGACUUUCUGUUCAUGAAAAUGGUGUAUUACGAGAUGGUACCACGAUGAGUCAAGUGGCAGAUAUAAUCAAUUCGCUCAGUGAUAAAUUGAAUCCAAAUUUAGUGCUUUUAGGGAUAAAUUGUGUUAGUUUGGCACAUUCCCCUGAUAUCCUUGAUUCUAUCCAUUCAAACUUACCUGAUUUACCCUUAAUUGUUUAUCCAAAUAGUGGUGAAGUUUAUGACACUGUGAAGAAAAUUUGGUUGCCACCAAAUGAUGAAACUUAUAUGAGUUGGGACGAAGUCGUAGAAAGAUAUUUGAAAGCUGGUGCUCGUAUUAUCGGUGGAUGUUGUAGAACAACUCCAAAUGAUAUUAAGCAAAUAUCUGAUGCUGUUCAUAAAUACUCAAACACUAAAUAA